AUGGAAUUUGUCUCUUUGUUUGUACAGUUUGUUGCCCUUCUCGCUUUCGUUGCCGUAGCUCAGGCCGCCUACACGCUCAACCCGGCUGGUCCCACCUACGCUGGAAUCCACACACCUGCCAUCACUAGCCAGCAGUCGAACAUCCUGCGUAGCUACGGCAACCUUGGUCAAAUCUCGACAUACUCCAAGACCAUCGAUACCCCGUACUCGUCCGUCAGCAAGUCCGAUGUGCGCGUAAGCAACCCAGGAUUGGCCGUUGGCCAUGUUGCCGCCGCUUACCCACACGCCAUUGCUCCGGCUUAUGCUCACCCUGCGUACGCUGCACCGGCUAUCAAGGCUGCCCCGGCACUGCUGGGCGUUGCCUACUCCGCUGCCCCGGCUGUUGCCCACAUGACCUACAGCAACGGACUCGGUAUCAACUACGCUUGGUAAAUUU